AUACAAAUCGAAGUUGAUGUGCAUCAUCGAGUGCCGGGUACUUGGACAAUUUUCACACCAGGAGUAACAACAAAUCGUGUUGGUGAUAAGAAAAUUAUUGGGGAUCGCCGAGGGAAGAUGUGAUGCGACUGUUAAGAAGCUUCGUCUCAUGGCUGAGAUGCAUUACACGUCAAUACCACGAGAUUUGUCUGGCGAGUUUGUUUCACUCAAAAAAAUAUCAAAGUUUGAUACUUUGGACUGUCGGGAUAAAAUAUUUGCCAAUGAUACUAACUCUCCCAGUGGUCCCCUGUUGCGUGGUGACAUGAGCCAAGGAGGAGAUAGGUGUCACAAGGAACGCAAGGAACACCGUGACAAGUGUAGAGCGUACAGAAAGUACUCGGAAUUGACACCACCGAGUCACCACAGCUACGACAAUUAUGGUAAUUCUGUGGCAAGCAAGUCGAAUUCCUUGCCUGGCAGAUGCAAUGCUGCUCUCCAGGGCUCUGGGCCCCUCGUUGCGACUGGAAUUUCAGCGGAGGAUCUGGCAAGUCAGCUGACAAUCCUGGAUGUUGGGGUUUUCAAGGCAAUCCGGCCCGAGGAGCUCUCCAGCUGUUCGUGGAACAAGAAAAAUAAACUCCUGGUGGCGCCGAAUGUCGUCGCUUUUACCAGAAGAUUUAAUCACGUGAGCUUCUGGACGGUCCAGGAAAUUUUAAAUUUCUCAACUCCAAAACAGCGGUCUGAAAUGAUCGCCCAUUUUAUUCGCGUCGCUAAGAAAUUGUACGACUUGAAUAAUAUGCACUCAUUAUUUGCUAUCAUAUCCGGUCUCCAAAGCGCUCCGAUAUAUAGAUUGAAUAAAACGUGGGCGUGCCUCUCGAAAAAAGAUAAGUGUACGUUCGAUAAAUUGGCUGAGGUAUUCAGUGAUAAGAAUAACUGGAUGAAUCUCAGGGAGCACAUGGAGACCCUCAGAUUACCUUGCAUUCCUUAUUUGGGUCUUUUUCUCACUGAUCUUGUAUAUAUUGACAUGGCUCAUCCGUCUUCUAAGAAUAACGACAACCAUCAGAGGGCAAUAAAAAUGAAUACAGUGCUGACGAGAGUAACUGUCUUUCAAGCCAGUGAUUACUCUGGCAUCAUUCCAUUACCAGAUGUUCAGAGAUAUUUAAAUAGUGUACGAUACAUCGAGGAGCUGCAGAAAUUCCUUGAAGACGAUCAUUUCAAAUUAUCGAUGAAGCUCGAACCCAAUUCUCCAGUGGCCUCGUCUAGCAGCAGUAAAGAAUCCGUGGGAGACGUAGCAACUGGUGUUGCAGCCUUGUCUUUAUCACCAGCAAGAGGCUGUGCUGGUUCACUGCGUCUUCAUGCAGCUUCAGCAGCCAAUAAAUUCGUUCCAGGACACCGGAAAUGCCGGAGUUUAGGAACAAAGUUUCGUAGCACGAGCCUUCCACGCAACUUCCAUAAACAAGGAGGGCGAUACGGGACUUAUGGAACGUCUGGUAUCUUUGGGAAGGGAACGGGCACAUCGCUGGAGCCUAGCCAGAUAACAGUGCGUCACCUCCUGGACGAUUCAGUUCUCGAAGAGCCCCAUUUGGUGUCACCAGUCACUGACCUGGAUCAGAAUUCACCUGGAACUCCCACAGAUGCUCUCAAUGACGACUGCAGUUUGCUUUCUAGAACAAGCACUCUACCGAUACUCCCCUGUACCGUGGACGGUAUAAUGGAGCCCCGUUGCUCGAUGCAGGGUCUUCUCCGUCGAAAAGUUGUUAUGAGAGAUGGAAGAAAACCUGCAGUAUCGACAUGGCAGAGGUACUGGAUCCAGCUGUGGGCCUCAUCGAUAGUCUAUUUCUCCCCGAAAUGCUUCAAGGGAUCGGACAGGUGUGAUUUUAAACGAGAACCAUAUAAAAUGGUAUCGAUCCUUGGAUGGAUCGUCGAAUUUUCGGACAGUAUGUUCCAUCGGGACACAUUUCUCCUCACUGAUCCCAACAAGGGCAAUGUCUACAAGUUCAGAGCCGGAUCUGGUGAUUUUGCUGAUCAGUGGGUCAAGGAAUUGCGUGCCACAGUACGAGGGGGUGUCGAGAGGAAGCCAAUUCCUGCUAAUCUCAUGUCCUUCGAGUGAACUGGAUUAACGGUAAUUUAUCACGCAUCGCUUAUCACUCACGUAUGAAAUUACUUGUUAAUGAUUGAUUGAGAAAUCUGGAUAGAACAAAUUGCCAAUUAUCUGAUGGCCAAAUACCAAAUGCUUCGAUAUUAAUGCUCAUUAUGACUCCAUGGGCUUCAUUACAGACGAGACGAGUCGAGUUCUUCAUUUUUUCGCUCGGUUGUUUAUUUUAAAUUUGUGGUGAAAUGGUCGUGAUGAUUACAAAGGUGUCAAUUCAAUUGGAGAUAUUUUUCAAAAUAUAUUCAGAAGAUAUAAAGGUGAAUUCAAAAAACCGAAAAAUAUCUCGAGAAAAAUUUUCAAACGUGUGAUCUUACACCAUUUCUCCAACGAAGUCAAUUUUUUUUCGUUUUCCACUGCCACUUGUGUUGGACAUUACUCAAAAACGUAAAUAAAUAGUUUUUUUAUUUUUUUAAAUUCUGUUGAACUGAAUAAAUAUUGAAGGAAGUGAUUUUUCUUUACUAUGUUCGAUGAUGGAGGUGAAAAAGCAGGUGAGGCUUGAAUCAAUUUAUUUACAGUUAUUAUUUACUUCAUUAUGAUCUAGUUAGACAUUAGUAUUGACUUUUUUUGCUCUCUGAACUGUACUAGUGACAUAGUACAUCACGAGUGACUAUUAUUUAUCGUCACUUUAUGAAUAUUUUAAAAACCCUCGUCUCGACGAGAAUCCUACGCUUACAUAUCUCGAUAUUAUUUAUACUUAACAGUGAAUAAAUAAACGGUGCAACAUGAUGGAAAUUUGGGGGGUGGGCAAACGAGUCCAUCAAUAAUCAUUGACUUGUGGCUUGGAGUCUGUCUGAGACUGUCAAUUAUAUUUCCAUGGCGAGUGAACAAAAUAGUUGAUUAACAAAAUACAAGACUAAAUCUUUAAGGUGAAAAUGAAUAAUUCAACGAAUUACGUUACAACACAUUUUGAUAAUCGUGUGAAUUUUCUGUUUGAGGUAAUUGUCGGAUAAUUAAUCGACAUAAUGAUUAUUCUAUUUGUUUUUAAUAAUUGGAUUGUUUUAAAAAUUCCGAGGCAAAUGUUGACGAUUUAUUUAGUGAAAUUACCGGUCUUUAUUGAGUAAAGAUUUUAUCCUCGUAUUUGUUCAUUGAUUUAACAAAUUUUUAUUAUACAGACGACAAUUCACCGGAAUUAAAUAAAUUUAUGAUUUGAAAUACUUGUGGCAAUUACGAUUAUCUUCAGUGAGUUCUCUCAUAAAUUAUCUCAGAUCUGCGAUUUGAUCUCAUUGAUGAGACUUUAAUUAAUUAGAUCUCACGAUGAAAUCACUGCAGAAUUAAAAAUUCAGACACCAAUAAAAAUUCUUCAACAAAUUUUCAUAAAAAUUUCAUGCUGAUACGAAAUUCUGUGAUGACAAAAUUAAAUCACAUGCAUUGAAAGGAAAAAUGAAGAGUUUCUCACUCGUAGAUAUUCGUAGGAUAGUAUUCACUUGUGAAUUAUUCUCGUUCCGAUUCAGUUAUUGAAUUUUUUUUUUGUCAUUAAUCCACAAAAAUAAUUAUUGGAUGACUCUCAAUAAGAAUUCCUUUCGACUCACAAUUUUAAGUCGUCGUAAUUAUUAACGACUGAAUAUUACCAAAGUACUCUGUUUUUACGUUUUUUUCAAUAGCGCAAAUGUGAAUAUAAAUUAUGAUAAUGGAAAAAUGAAUCGCAACGCGUCAUUGCUGUGUAGCUUGCCUUUUUUCAUCGGCAUAUCAUUAGGCGUAAUUAUAAUCAACGAUGAAUUCGAGUUCUUCAUGACAAUUAUUCAAAUUUCGUUAUACCGUUUCAAUUUAUUCGAUUGAAGUUCGAGAAGAAAUUGAAAUUUUCAUUUUUUCAUUGAAAAACUACAUCGAGAUUAAAUAAAAAAAUACAGUUGACAUUAAUUUCUUUGAUAUAAAUGUUUAAUAGUCUGAUAUAUUUAACUUUUGGAAGAAUAUUCCUCCCGUCAAUGUUAAUAACGCGAAUAAUUCAUAAGUCUUGAUAAUUUUGGAGUGCGUGGGCGUAAUAUCGUAUUAUCGUCGCGCGUAACUACUCAUUACAUAUCAUUUUACAUAGGACUAAUGAAAAUGAGUGUAAUUAAUCAUUUUGGAACCACCGAAAAUUCAUUAAUCACGAGCUCAUUGUGAGAUUGACUGAAUGAUUCAAUUUGUUUUCAUGGAGAAAAAUUAAUUAUACGACUGAUUGAUUAAAUUAGGGAUUAGGACGCCAACAUUUUUUUAUUUCUUAGUGAUGAUGCCAAAAUGUUAGGAGUUAUAUUUUUUGGAGUCCCUGAUGAGAGAAAUCGAUGAUAAAUAAUGAGUUCAUGAUUCCGAUGACAGAUUUCAACCGGAAAAUGCCCAUGAAUUAGAGAUUUUUGGGGGGGGAGAAUGAUUGGGGAGAGAUGAGACAAACAACAGGGUUGUUUGUUUAUCGAUAAUUUACUAAGUUUAACAACAAUAUUUGAAUAACACGAUUCAUUACAUAGAGUGGCUUUUCAACGGCUCCAUUAUUUCUACUGAUUUUCAUCAUCAGGGAGAGAAAUUCUCCGGGUCAUUGGGGCCGGAGGUGAUUUCAAAGAUUUUCAUCCAUUUUUUUUUAGUCCGCGUAAUGCGAGCUGUUGAAUUAUCUAAAAAUGAGAGGUGGAAUGAUCUUUGGACUCAUUUUCGAGUUUUGUAUCCAAUUUUAAUGGUUCCUCCGACUCGCCUAAAAUACAUUUCACUGGAGAAAUAAAUAAAUAGUAAUGAUCGUACCGAUCGAUAUCUCUCGCUGGUUGUGAAGUCAUCCGCUAAUUUGUAAGUGUCAAUAGAAUUAGAACUGAAAGCUUUCUUGUACCAUAGAGACAAUUUUCAACAGAUGUGAGUGAGCGUAAUUAAACAAUAGAUACAGGUGACAGAAUUUCAAUAGAAGUGCUGGAACAGGUCAAGUUGAAUUGUCACAUAUUUACCCUGUAAUUAUUGGAAUAAUCUCGAUUAAUUACUUGAGAACAAUAUUCCAUGGAUAUUUCUAUUUUAUAACACCAACAACAAAUUUAAAACGCUAUUAUUUAACUCUCCAUUUAUUUCCGGCGGCAGCCUCUGAAAUAAUUCUCCGUUGCAAAAUACUCUUCUGAAUAAAUUGUUACAUAUUGUUCUGCAAUUUAUUCCCACCGAGAUAAUUGAAUAAUUAUAUAUUGAUAAUAGGUUUCACAUUCGACUUGUCCUAUUCAUCGACUUCACUUGUGAAUGAAUAAUUAAUUAAUGAUGAAUUAGCAAAUGCUUAGCAAAAUGUGUAACAGUGAAAGAUUAUUAUUGAAUAUUUCACACUGAGUGUUUGUAAAUCACUUUAUUUUUCUAUCCAAGAAAAUACGAAGACGUGCGUUGAUAUUGUGACGCAUCGGAAUGUCGAGGAAUACUCAUGAUAGAUCGACGAUCAAUGAAAACUCUAAAUGGAGAAUGAAACAAAUAAAAUAAUUACGAAACAAAUAGACAAGUAGAAUUAAUAAACAAUUGUGCUAAUUGUUCCAUUGUGUUGAUUAACGUGUAGAUUGUUUACGUUGCAAAGUGCAGAUAAAGUUUUUUUUGCAAGAAAAUAUAA